AUGGCGCUGGUCAACUAUGAUCUCAAUGUCCCUGUUCCAACAGAAGAAGAUGUAGAUGAAACCGUGAAAAAAGUUGAAAGAUUGAUCAGAUUUGGCUUCUCAGUAAUUGCAUUAAAUGUAAACCAUUCCGUCUCAAACAAGCGAAAGAAACCGGGAAAGAAAAACGACAGCUUGCAAACGGAAGAUGACGACAAUAACAAAAUAGCAUUAUGCCGAAGGCGACUGGAGCGGAUUUAUCAGAAUGUUAACAAUGUACCAAACAAUUUUAAAAUUCUUAGCCGUGUAACUGUAUUACUAGACAAUCCUGACCAUGUCAGAUGUCUUCAAACUGAUUUUAUCCAAUCGUUUGACAUCAUUGCAAUUCGGCCUACUAAUGAAAAGUUAUUUUUACAGGCGUGUACACAGAUUGAAAACAUUGACAUUAUUAGUUUAGAUCUAGACGAAAAAAUCCCUUUUAGACUAAAGCAUUCAACUGUAGGUGCUGCCGUUGAUCGUGGAAUUUGCUUCGAGUUGUCUUAUGCAUCAUGUAUUAGGAGCACAAACCUUCGACAAUAUGUUCUGGCAAAUUCUCUGGAAUUGGUUAGGAAGUCACAUGGCAAAGGAAUUAUUUUUACCAGCAAUGCACAGCACUAUAUGGAAAUUAGAGGACCCCAAGAUAUUGCUAAUCUUGGGUUGUUGUUUGGCUUGAGGAAUGACCAAGCAAGCAAGGCAAUUAGGGCAACAUGCAAAGAAGUUGUAGUGCAUGCUUAUGCUAGAGCAAAGACAGCAAAAAGUGUAUUUUGUAUGAGAAAGACUGGGGAACCCUCAACUGACCUUGAAACCAUUGUAAGAAAUGAAAUAGAAUCUACCGACACUUGCAACCAAGUCUUUCAUAAUGAACCAUCUGCAAAACGGGCAAAGAAAAUCUGACAAAGUCAAACUAUAAGACAGAUUCAUGCCAGAUUGAUAUUCUAUAACAUUACAUCAAUAGAAGUAACAAUUUUUAGGUCUUAUGUAUUCAUUCUUUUUUAUGAUUAGAUUCAUGAUGACAAAAGGCUUCUUUCAGUUUUGCAUUCUUCUUCAUCAGAAGAGCAAGAUGAUGACACAUAAAUUUUUUUUAUUUUUAGCAGAAGUAGUAUGGUCCAAUUUUUGAGGAUAUGUAAACAGUCUUCUUCUUCCUCCUUGAUUCCCAUUUCCUCUAACAUUUGAUGAUGAAGAUGCAAA